UGUUAGUCGCGGUUUGAACUCGAACAACGGCGGUUCGUAACUCAUCAUUGUGUUUCAUCUAAAUUUUACGCUUUUGUCCUAGGAUUUUACUUUUACAAUUAAAACGGUUUGCCGUGUGUUGGAGAAUAUUAACUCAAUUAACAUUUAGUUUUUCACAUUUCUCUGAUAAAUAAUUUCAUAUACAAAACACAACCAACACAAGCAGAUUAAAUAUACGGCAGUAUUUCAAGAAAUCAUGGUGACGGCGUAUGGAGGUGUAUUGGUCGUGGCAGAUGUGCUAUUGGUUCUUCUGAAGAUUCUUUAUUACAUCGGUGAAGGAAUAUAUAGAUUAUUCGUCCCGGUUGAAGAGAAGAGUGUAGCUGAUGAAAUUGUCUUGAUAACAGGCGCUGGUCGCGGAAUUGGUAAAGAAUUGGCUUUGAAAUAUGCGUCUCUGGGAGCAAUCGUUGUUUGCUGGGACUUGAAUCAAGAGGGAAAUGAUGAAACCGUGAAUGAAAUUAAUAGGAUUAGCGCAAGUAAAGCAUACGGAUACGUAUGUGACGUAUCGAACAGGGAAGAAGUUUUUAAAGCAGCUGAAAAGGUGAGAGAAGAAGUUGGCAAUGUGACGAUCUUAAUUAACAAUGCGGGCAUAAUGCCCUGUCAUGCUUUUCUCGAUCACACACCUGAGGAAAUUAAACGAAUAUUUGAUAUCAACGUGUUGGCACAUUGUUGGACCGUUCAAGCUUUCUUACCUAGCAUGAUUCAGAAAAAUUAUGGUCAUAUCGUUGCACUUUCGUCGAUGACUGGAAUUAUCGGUGUGGCCAACCUAGUCCCUUACUGCGCUUCAAAGUUUGCAGUAAGAGGAUUCAUGGAGGCUUUGAACGAAGAACUUCGAAUAUUAAAUAAAGAAAAAACAUCAAAUAUCAAUUUUACAACAAUUUAUCCAUACGUAGUAAAUACGGGACUUUGCAAAAAUCCAAAAUUCAGGUUCCCAGAUCAUUUGGGGAUGGUUUCACCAAAAGAAGCAGUUGCUAAAAUAGUUCAAGCGCAGCGGCGAAACGACAAGGAAAUAAGCAUUCCCACCUAUUGGUUUCAUAUUAAUAAGAUUAUAAGAUGUACUCCACCUUCAUGCAUGAAACAACUAGUAGACUUUGUGGAUACUAAUUUAUAUCCAGACAGUUAACGAAUAUCUACUAUUCUUGUAACAAAAUAUUAAAAAAAAAUUUGGUGUCUUUGAUUUACAAUGAUUGUUCAUAAAAAGAAAAAGAAAUAUCUUAUGUUUAUCUAUUUAUACUUUUGAUUGAUUUUUAUAAUUAUUGCCCACAAAGUUGUAGAUAAC